CUAAGCCAGGCAACCAAACGCGCCCCAAUCCAUCCCCUCGAACCCACAUUUACCCAUUUCUCCUGUGCUGUCCGAGUAGUACAGCGCGGCGGUGGCGGCGAGGCAGAAGGCUCGGCGACGUGACUGAGGCCACAGGCCGGCGAACAUGAGCGGGAAGAAGGUCGCCGAUGUGGCCGUGAAGGCCGGGAGGGCGAUCGACUGGGACGGCAUGGCCAAGGUGCUCGUCUCCGAGGAGGCGCGCAAGGAGUUCGCCACCCUCCGCCGCACCUUCGAGGACGUCAACCACCAGCUCCAGACCAAGUACUCGCAGGAACCUCAACCAAUUGACUGGGAGUACUACAGAAAAGGAAUCGGAUCUAAAGUGGUCGACAUGUACAAACAAGCUUAUGACAGCAUUGAGAUCCCCAAGUAUGUUGACACUGUGACUCCUGAAUACAAGCCAAAGUUUGAUGCUCUAGUGGUUGAACUGAAAGAGGCAGAGAAAACCUCUCUGAAAGAGUCGGAGAGGAUAGAUAAGGAGAUUGUUGAACUCAAGGAGAUGAAGAAAAAGAUCAGCACGAUGACAGCCGAUGAAUACUUUGAGAAGCAUCCUGAACUCAAGAAGAAGUUCGAUGAUGAAAUCCGCAACGAUUACUGGGGAUACUGAAGCAGACACCAGUUUUUCUUUUUCUUUGAAGAACCAAUAAGUUGCCGUGUCCCAGCAUAUGUAUAAAUGAAUUUCACUUCCCCAUCCCGUGACAUGUAGAUGAGGUCCGCAGAGCUGGCUUGAACUAUGUGGUGGACCUCGUCAUUUUGAAUGCUGUCAUUAUAUCUGGGUGAAGAUCAUGUUCUCUGUUCUUAUAGCUCA